GCCUAUAUUAAUUAAUUUGGUGCAAAAGGGCACCAUUUAUUUUCUCUUUAGGGAGGUCUCGUUGGAAAUGUCUUGGAACAUUGAAAUUUUGUUAUCUCCAAUUGUAAAAGGAAUUCUCUGUUUAUAUUGAUGCAGGAGCCUCGACUUAAGUUAGGCUCAAUUCCCAGAGUCUGAGACACGGCCAGAGCACAGAGAUAUUAGUGCUGCGUAAUAUGUUGGCACUCUACAAAUAAACGAUAAUAAUAUCUGGUCUUAAUGUAACUGGAGUGAAUAAGGGAACCUUCUUCCUGAGCACAGACAUUGGAGCCUGUUAUCAGCAUGAACUCAUAUGUGUUAGAAAAACACAUGAAUAGUUCAUAUCCAUCCUUCACUACAGCAAGCAUCAGAAUGAUACAACAGACUCCAACAUUUUUAGACACUAAUGACUAUUCACAAACAGCAGAUAUUUUAAGAAGAUGGUGAAUGGUCAGGAACUGGGCAGCAAUCAUUAUGCACAGAGUAAUUUAGUCAUCAAACAAGAGGACAAGAAUGAUGCCUUAUCUAGUGAAAUGAUUAUCCCUUAGGAUAGGCCACAAACAUUUACUGAGUUUUCAAAAAAAUGUAAAGAAGAGAAAAGUCUAGCCAAAUGAUUCAUACAAAGGAGAGACCUUUCAAAGCUACAGAAUGUGAGAAAAGCUUUAGAUAUGUCUCCUCUCCUAGAACACCACAAAAUUCACACAGGUGAGAAGCCUCACACAUGUCCUGUGGGUGUGGAAAAAGUUUUACACAAAUGGAUAAUCUGAAAACUCAUAAAAAGAAUCACACAGGAGUAAAGCCUUUCACAUGUACAGAGUGUGGAAAAAGUUUUACACAAAAGAGUGAUCUGGAAAAGCAUGAAAGGAUUCACACAGGAGAAAAGCAAUUCACAUGUACAGAGUGUGGAAAAUGUUUUACACAAAUAAGUAGUCUGAUAAAUCAUGAAAAGAUUCACACAAAAGAAAAGCCAUUCACAUGUACAGGGUGUCAAAAAAGUUUUACACAUAAGAGUAGUCUGAAAAAACAUGAAAGGAUUCACACAGGAGAAAGAGAAAAGCCUUUCACGUGUACAGAGUGUCAAAAAAGUUUUACAGAAAAGAGUGAUCUGAAAAAGCAUGAAAGGAUUCACACAGGAGAAAAGCCUUUCACAUGUACAGAGUGUGGAAAAAGUUUUACACGAAAGAGUGAUCUGAAAAAGCAUGAAAGGAGUCACACAGGGGAAAGGCCAUUCACAUGUACAGUGUGUGGAAAAUGUUUUACACAAAUGAGUAAUCUGACAAAUCAUGAAAGGAUCCACACAGGGGAAAAGCCUUCUAAAUGUACAGUGUGUGGAAAAUGUUUUACAGAAAAGAGUAGUCUGAAAAAGCAUGAAAGGAUUCACACAGGGGAAAAGCCUUUCACAUGUACAGAGUGUGGAAAAUGUUUUACACAAAUGAGUAUUCUGAGAAAACAUGAAAGGAUCCACACAGGGGAAAAGCCUUCUAAAUGUACAGUGUGUGGAAAAUGUUUUACAGAAAGGAGUAGUCUGAAAAAGCAUGUAAGGAUUCACACAGGGGAAAAGCCUUUCACAUGUACAGAGUGUGGAAAAUCAUGGCGGAUUUUUUCUCAUCUACUAGAACACCACAAAAUUCACACAGGUGAGAAACCACACACAUGUACUGAGUGCGGCAAAUGUUUUACACAAAUGAAUCAUCUGAGAACUCAUGAAAGGAUUCACACAGGAGAAAAGCCUUUCACAUGUACAGAGUGUGGAAAAAGCUUUACACAAAUGAGUACUCUGAAAACUCAUGAAAGGAUUCACACAGGGGAAAAGCCUUUCACAUGUACAGAGUGUGGAAAAAGCUUUACACAUAAGAGUCAUCUGAAAUAUCAUGAAAUUAUUCACACAGGAGAAAAGCUUUUCACAUGCAAAGAUUGCGGAAAAAGUUUUACACAUAUGAGUAGUCUGAAAAAUCAUGAAACGAAUCAUACAGGAGAAAAGCCUUUCACAUGUACAGAGUGUGGAAAAUGUUUUACACUAAAGAGUAAUCUGAAAACUCAUGAAAUGAUUCACACAGAAGAAAAACCUUUCACAUGUACAGAGUGUGGAAAAAGUUUUACAGAAAAGAGAAGUCUGAAAUCUCAUGAACAGAUUCACACAGGAGAAAAACCUUUCACAUGUACAGAGUGUGGAAAAAGUUUUACACUAAUAAUUAAUCUGAAAAAUCAUGAAAAGAUUCACACAGGAGAAAAGCCUUUCACAUGUACAGAGUGUGGAAAAAGCUUUAUACAAAUGAGUACUCUGAAAACUCAUGAAAGGAUUCACACAGGAGAAAAACCUUUCACAUGUACAGAGUGUGGAAAAAGCUUUAUACAAAUGAGUACUCUGAAAACUCAUGAAAGGAUUCACACAGGAGAAAAACCUUUCACAUGUACAGAGUGUGGAAAAAGUUUUACACUAAAAAGUAAUCUGAAAAAUCAUGAAAAGAUUCACACAGGAGAA